GAAAGUGCCUAGGCCGAAGAAGUCCGACCCAUUGUCCGCCAUUUGUUAAUUGAUAAAAACAGUUUCUGGUGUUACCGGAGCUUUCUUUGGGCUUCGGCUGAUAGAGGAGGAAGAAGCGGGAGUUACAUACGACGAGACGACAGAGGAGAAGGAAAGAUAGUAACCACCACGGCGGCGGAGGUGGGAGGUGGACGGAAGAGGAAAACGAGAAUGGGAGUGGAUUACUACAAGGUUCUACAGGUGGACCGUGGAGCCAAGGAAGAUGAUUUGAAGAAAGCAUAUCGGAAGCUGGCUAUGAAAUGGCAUCCGGAUAAGAACCCUAAUAGCAAGAAGGAAGCCGAAGCUAAAUUCAAGCAAAUCUCCGAAGCUUACGAUGUUCUAAGCGAUCCACAGAAGAGGGCAAUUUAUGAUCAGUACGGAGAGGAAGGUUUGAAGGGGCAGGUGCCUCCACCAGGCGCGGCGUCGCAUGGCGGGUUCGGACAUGAGGCGGGUUCGGGUGCUUUUCGGUUCAACCCGCGAAGUGCAGAUGAUAUAUUCUCGGAGUUUUUCGGGUUUUCGAGUCCCUUUAAUGGGAUGGGGGACAUGGGUGGUGGCUCAAGAGCUGGACCUUCAGGGUUCCCUAGGGGCAUGUUUGGGGACGAUAUCUUCUCUUCCUUUAGGAAUGCUGCCGGCGAGUCCUCCGGUAUUCCACGGAAAGGGGCUGCUAUAGAGCGGACAUUGCCGUGUAGUUUGGAGGAAUUGUAUAAGGGCACCACCAAAAAGAUGAAGAUCUCGAGGGACGUUAUUGAUCACAAUGGGAGACCAUCGACUCUUGAGGAAAUUCUUACAAUAGAGAUCAAGCCAGGUUGGAAGAAAGGAACAAAAAUCACAUUUCCAGAAAAAGGUAACGAACAACGUGGGGUGAUACCCUCUGACCUGGUAUUCAUCAUCGACGAGAAGCCUCACCCAGUGUAUAAGAGAGAUGGCAACGACCUAGUAAUCACUCAGAAGAUAUCUCUAGUGGAAGCACUCACAGGCUACACAGCACAGGUGACAACCCUUGACGGGAGGGCUCUCACUGUCCCCAUCAACGCCAUCAUAAGCCCAACAUAUGAAGAGUCUGUCAAAGGUGAGGGGAUGCCCAUCCCAAAGGAGCCUUCCAGGCGCGGGGCUUUAAAAAUUAAGUUCAAUAUCAAGUUCCCCAGCAAGCUGACAGCAGAGCAGAAAACUGGCAUCAAGCGGUUAAUCUCAUAGAGAUAAAGAGCUUUGCUUUUAAAUGGAUGGUAAUGGCAAUCGGUACCAUAUCAUCUCUUGCCAGACUUGUGUGAACUUUGCAUAUUUAUUUUCUUCGCCGGGAAGGAAAUCGGUAUUCCUGGAACUGGGAAUUAUGUGACAUUAGUUUCUGCUAGAGUUGGAAAGUUAUUCUUGGUGGUUCAUCCUUAGGAUCCUCUCUUCUUCCCAGAGAAGAGUCCUUGACGCAGGAAGAACAGUAUGAAAGUAUUUUUCUUUUGUCUGGGUAUAAAUUUAGUGGUGGAUAUUGCUCUGGUUGGUUCACAAUCGUACAGACAUCAUCGGUUAAAGACAAAUGUGCACCAUGAUCAGGGUGAUAUGAUUAUUAUGGCCGCGUUUUAUGCCUCCGGAACAUACUUUGGAUCCACCAGUGGCUCCAACAUUGGCAGUUCAUUUUUGACGUACAAGUUCGUCUAUAAAAAAAGGGCUAUUGGAUAUACGAGGCGAGAUGCUUCAGACACGUGCAUUAAUACUUGGGCAAGAGGUUCUCAAAGAUAAUCCCAAACAAUGUCGUAUUCAGGGAUUCGAUUCACUUGAUGUCGUUGAGUAUUUGCAAGUCUUUAUUCAGUAAGUUCGAGCUAAUGAAGCUUCGAUAUGCAUACAAGGACCAUUAUGACAAAAGUCCACUGAAACAUGACAUUAUUUGGUAGUGUUGGAUGAGUCUUCC